CCCCAGCAUUGUUCAACACUCGUACGAGUCUCACAUCAAAUUCCUCUGCUCAAGUACUAUCAAUGAAAAUGCCAUCUCCCAAGUCCUCGAGCUUAAUCUCGACUGAGAUAAAAAACCCAAUGCGCACCCUCGUGUUGUCGUGCGCGUGCCGCAUUGUUCGGGUCCUCUCCAGAGCAAAAUCCUUCCUCGUCAAGGCCGUCCAGAGAAAACUAGACAAAUUCCAGAUUCACUUCAUGCUCCCGGCGAAGAAGAGCAAGAAUAAGAAGAUAUACUUAGGCUCGUUCCGGUUCCACUACAACUGGUGCUCUGCUUCUUCCUCGCACGUGCAGCCAUUUCCAGCUCCGUUCUCGACGAGCCACCUCUACUACUACGACCCAACUUGGGAUUCCAUGAUCUCAAUGGAGCCAGCGGAUCAGGACAACAACAGCAGCGGAGAUUCACAGCUCUCGAAGUACCUGGAAUGGCUAGAAGAGAAGGACAAUGCACAUGCAGGUGAAGAGUCUAGUGACAACGGUACGUCUGCUCAUGAAGAGUGUGCGGAUGAGAUUGACAAGCUCGCCGACAUCUUCAUCGCGAAAUGCCACCAGAAGUUCAUUUUGGAGAAGCAAGAAUCCGAUCGCAGGUUUCAGGAAAUGAUAGCUAUAUAGAAGCUGGCAUAGUUUUGAAGGUGGUUGUACUCUGUAAAUUAAAAUCGUGUUCAAUCUGCAUUAUGCUUUUUGUCUGGUUCAAAAGCCAAGAUUGUGCGUGGUCAGGGGAUCAUUGCGGAAAUUGCGAUUCGUCUUUGUUUUAAUGAUGGCUCGACGAGCUCCUCCUCGCUCGUCUUUGUAAUCCACCAUUCUCGAUAAAUGGUGGCAUGAUAAGUGUCCUCUUUGAACAUUUCUCAGUUGAUAACUAGAGUUCUGGCAUCAGUUUUCCCAUUUAACCGUUCUCCAGUA